AGGAUAACUAGCUAGGUUGUGUUUUUCUCGUGCAGAGGGAAACGGGCUAAAUGGUGGAACGCUAUUAAUUUUGAUAUUUACUGUGGAACACUAAAUUUCUCCACUUGUGGAUUGAUACACCACCUUAAAAACCGAAACCCUAGAUUGCUAAUCGGUGCGUUAUACAAAUUUUCUGAUGAAUAUUUUGCAUUCAACUUCAUCUUUCAUCCCACUUAAGCCAUCCUCCCUCCUAACGCCCCCAUCUUUUUACCCUAAAAUUCAUCUCCGCGCCUCUCAUUCGAGUGAAUUCCAAGUUACUCUAUCCAAUCACGCACGAUUUUCGGUUUGUGCUACAGCUCCCUCAGAUCAAGGGACAACUUCGGCAUUUCACUUCGAAGAUUUUGUGGAGAAGGAUUGGUCAUUUCUUGACAACGAGGACACGAAUACCAAUGCAGAGCAUAUGCAGAAGAUUGACCGAAUCAUUUCUGCAGGAAACAUAGAAGAAACAUCAAAAGUGCUGGUUUCUAUUGGCUCCGAGUCAUUUGUCGAUAGAUUGGUUGAGUCAUCGCCUUGUCAGCAGCUACUUAUCGUUCACAGCUCUCUUUUGGUUUUGGCGUGCAUCAAAGAGAAAUAUGAUAAGGUCAAAUGUUGGCAAGGAGAAUUGUUAGAUGUAUCGGAGAAAUGGACAGAUUUUGAUGUUGUGUUUCUCUAUUUCCUCCCUGCUUUGCCCUAUCAACUUGAUCAGGUUCUUGCUGCUCUUGCUAACCGAAGUCUGCCAGGAGCAAGACUAGUGAUCAGUCAUCCACAAGGGAGGCAAGUGGUUGAAGAGCAACAACAGCAAUAUCCAGAUAUGGUAGUCUCCAGUUUGCCAGAUAAAACGGUGUUACAGAAAUGUGCAGCUGACCAUUCGUUUGAAGUGGUGGAAUUCAUGGACGAACCUGGAUUUUACCUUGCUGUUUUGAGACUCAAUGCAGCUGAGUCGAACCAAUAGAUAAUCGGCUAGGUAUAGAUGUAUCGUGCAUCACGGAGUAGUGUUUAUCAAAUUCGUUCACCUUAGGAAGUUUUUGGUUUGUUUUAAAACUUUCAAUAUUACCAAAUGGUUGUCCUAUAACUAUAGAGAUUUCUGUGUUUUCUAGUCAUGGUCCAAAAGCCAAAAAAGACGUAAUAUAUAUACUCUUGAAUGGUAA